GAAGUUAGAAAGGUGCUAAGUUAGAAAUCGUUAGCUUGCACCGAGGCCAGGGGGUUGUUUACGUGCAAAGCGGUAGCAGUGUAGCCAUCAUAGUAAACCUUAAACAACUAGCUCCUUGCAAACACCGUAUCAACAGAAAGGAAUUAAAACAACUACCGAGCAGUGUUUGGUGUGAAAAAAUAAAUUUAAUCUUUAAUAAAGUGAUGUUUUAUUUAGGUAACCCAAACCCGUGGUUAGUAGGAAAAUGAGGGCAGUGUGGAAAUUUCUAGACAGCCUUUCUGUUGAAAUCUUUCAGGGCGUAUACAGAAAUGCAGUGUAAAUAUUUGGGAAACCUGAUGAAGGUUUAUGGUAAAGUUGAUGUCGUACUGUUGUUUGUUUUGUAUUUUUGGUCCCACGAGCAAGCAAUUUUCUAUGAAAUACGGCCCUUCAUGUAGUUUUAAGUUACUUCCGCCCGAAUAAUCAAAAUAAAACGAAUUUGCAAAGCUGUUAACCCUCAGCUACCAGCAGAAAUAUUUGAUCACCCACGAUCACUAACCCGGACUCGUGUUUAAUAAUGAAUUAUGGGAUAUGCGAUGCCUCCAAGCGUUCUUCGCCUGCUUGACGUAACCACUUUAUGCAACAAAAAAAAAAACAGAACAUUAGCUGAUUAAGUAUCCGCAUCGGGGCAUAACUUCAGCCACUGCGACAGCAAACGAUUCGUCGCGAAGUCUCGGAGAAUUUAACCGGAUUAGUUCAUGCUACAAAACUACGAUUCCCAUCAUGCAGUGGGAGGCAAAGCCAGCUGAUGUUGAUGUCAUUUUCAACGAGUCCCGUCUGCCCCUAGCAAAAAAGCUGAAGCGGAGCCGUCGCUUAUCCACAGGGAACUUCCUUAUUUUUUUCCGACGAUGGCUUAUGUAAAAAGUGGAUGGCUUCAAAGACAGAGUACCAUCCUGCGCCGCUGGAAACGGAACUGGUUUGAUCUGUGGUCCGAUGGCCGUCUGGUUUUUUACAACGACCAGCACCGACGGGACAUGGAGGAUGAGGUCCACAUGAGGGUGGACUGCAUCAACAUCCGCUCCGGCGCUAUGUGUCGGGACCUCAGUCCCCCUGAGGGAAAGGGCCAGGACUCCCUACUGCAGAUUGUGUGCAGAGACGGCAGGACCAUCAGCAUCUGCGCAGAUAGUGCAGACGAUGCCCUGGCGUGGUUAAUGGCCCUCCAAGAUGCCAGGGUGAACGUGGUGAUCCCCUCUCCUCAGGCUGGCUUUGCUGAGGAGGUCAUGGCCUCUGCACCUCCCCCAUACUCGGAGUAUGCCCCGCCCCCUCAGGUGUACCAAGCCUAUGGCCCUGCCCCUCCACCUCCUGGAGCACAGGUGCUAUACACUGCUGACGGGCAGCCUUAUGGAUUGGCGUACCCCUAUCAGUACCAAGGGGCCUACCCUCAACGCCACAUCAUUGUUCAGGAGGAGCGUCGGGACAGUGCGGGGGACAUGGCACUGGGCAUUCUCGCUGGUGCUGCCACUGGCAUGGCACUGGGCUCACUGUUUGUGUUCUAGGCUUACUGAGUUAACCCCCCCCCCCCACACACACACACCACAUCCACUGCCACGCCCCCUGAGAAGGCUCCGUCCCCAAACUCUUGCCUUUGAUUUCAUGGUCCUGUAGCUGCAGCGUGAUGCAGUAACGACGCAGCCCGCCAGUCCCGUAGCGCCGAUUCCCUCGAAGACGUGCCUGUGAUGUGUCCGUGAGCUGCUCCCGUGUCCUCGUGCGCCUCGUGCCUGACCGUCCCGUCUUCUAGAUUAACGGACAUCCCCUGGGUCGGGUGACCCUGGCCAGGCGACGCUUUACUCCAUGUCUCCACUCUUGUUGCUGGAUUCAGUGUAGUAGUGUAAGUAACCACCAGCCGAGCGUAGUAUCUUGUGCGUUUUAGGGGGAUAGGCACCAUGUUUCACGCCUUUUCGGAUUUCGCACCUUGUUUGUUUGCCCUCCUGAUGAUCGGCAUCGCGUUCACUCCCAACUUCUUUUGAGUGGCGACAUACGUGCUCCUUUUGUUCACUUUUAAUUAAAGGGUGUUACAUUCAGGGCAGGUCAGAGGAGCAAAAAUGCUAAUGUCUAUGCGUUUAUUUUUUAUUCUAAAGGAAUACCUGUUGUAUGUGUGAUUUGUCUAUAGAGGACACACUAAUAUGACAUCUGGCUACUUUUCUGGGUCUGAAUUCUUAUAUUCUGCAUUAUGAUAAGCCUGUAUGUUCUGUUUGUUGAAUGUAGUCUGAAUUUACUUUUGUAACUUAUUUGCCUGUUUUUCAGGUUUUUGGUCCUGUUUUUCAGUGAAGGGAACUUGUUAUUUGUUUGUGUGCAGACUCAGUCCCCAAGGUGCAGAGUUCUGUUGCCCGGUUUCCGUGGUAUGGAGGAAAGGUUGUGUGUUCAUGGCAGGAGUCACAUGUUCACUGCCUCAGGCUCACAACGCCCCCCCCCCCUCCCCCCGGUUCAUUUUUAACGCGCUUCUGGCGCUAACUGAAACUGCCGCAUGCCCAGCUCGGUUUGGAAAAGGCCUCCCUAAAGACAAACCUCCUUGCCUCUAGGAUUUCCAAAGACAGCCGUGCGAGUGGUGCUGUGCCCAUUUAGCCUAUGAAAACACACCUUGAAUGUUUUAGCUGUCGUCUCGAUAACCAAAAUCACCUAGAAGCCCCUCAGGACUGCUCUUAAAAGGCCCAGUUUGAUUUAAUGACCGUUCACAGGAAACCAACUAGUGACUAUGACUACCAUUGCACUCCAAUAACACUCCAAAUAAUAUCCCUUGAAAAAGGGGCAUUAGCCUGCCCACCCCCAGGCCAUACUCAGAACCCCUCAAUGACCAGAAACGUCCAGUUUUAUUUUUUAUUUAUUUAUUUUUUUAAAUGUAUUCUUGAUCCGGCAUUUCAAGUGAAGAUUGCCAUGCUUUGCUCUACCGUUCAGUGCAGUAGGAAUUAAUUUGACAGUCUAAUGCCUUAGGGAAAAAUUAUUAAAGGUGAUUAAUAUUGUACUUUAACAUUAAAUUAAUUUGAAAAUAA